AUGCUGAUCCCAUUUUCAAGGAAGAAUGGCUUCCAGUUACUUUGUAACCUCAAGUUCCCAGCAGUUGGCUUUAAAAACAUAGUUCAAAGUGGGCUCAUUUUGCAAUCGAUUUCCAAUGAUGUUUAUCAAAAUCUGGCUGUAGAGGACUGGAUCCAUGACCACAUGAAUCUAGAAGGCAGGUCAGUUCUUUUCUUCUGGAGGAAUUCUCCCUCUGUAGUAAUUGGUCGGCAUCAGAACCCUUGGCAGGAGUGUAACCUGAAUCUGCUGAGAGAAGAAGGUAUAAAACUGGCUCGCAGGAGAAGUGGAGGAGGGACUGUCUACCAUGAUAUGGGUAACAUCAACUUGACCUUCUUUACAACCAAAAAAAAGUAUGAUAGGAUGAAAAAUCUAAAGUUAAUUGUGAGAGGUCUGAACACUGUCCAGCCCCAACUGGAUGUGCAGGCCACCAGAAGAUUUGACCUUUUACUGGAUGGCCAGUUUAAAAUCUCAGGGACCGCUUCCAAGAUUGGUCGGACUGCUGCUUAUCACCAUUGCACUUUAUUAUGCAGCACCAACAGGACCUUCCUGUCAUCUUUGCUCAAGAGUCCUUACCGAGGGAUCAGGAGCACUGCCACUGCCAGCAUACCUUCCUCGGUGAAAAACCUUGUGGAAAAAGAUCCCACUCUGACCUGUGAAGUAGUGAUCGAUGCCAUUGCUGCAGAGUAUGCUGCUUUUCAUCACAUUGAGAAUCACAUUCACCUCAUAAACCCAACAGAUGAGACCCUGUUUCCUGGAAUUAACAGCAAAGCCAAAGAGCUACAGACCUGGGAGUGGAUAUAUGGCAAAACGCCAAAGUUUAGCAUAAACACGUCCUUGAAUGUGCUGCAUGAACAGUCACCCUUGGAAAUUAAAGUAUUCAUAGACAUAAAGAAUGGAAGAAUUGAAGUCUGUAACAUCAAAGCCCCUGAUCAUUGGUUGCCGCUGGAAAUAUGUGACAGAUUAAACUCAGGUUUCAUUGGUAGUAAGUUUUGCCCAACGGAAACGACUGUGCUGACAAGUACACUGCGUAGGACGUGUCCAGAAGAUGAUGGACUACACAGUAAAUGGAAUAUUCUCUGUGAAAAAAUUAAGGAAAUAAUGUGA